CAUGAACAUAGGGACGUCACAGUAGGCCCUGCGUGGAACGUCACGGGAAAACCCCGCGAGUGUGCUUUGGCGAACUGGCACGUGCAGGAGCUCUGGCUGCAUCUUGGCGACUGGGGAAGUGCUGGGAGGCAGUGGUGGGUGCGUGGGGGUGGGCGCGCGUGUGUGCGCGCGCGCCGGUGGGCACGGGAGUCCUACGAAAAAAAAGCGCAGCGACAAUUAGGAUCAAGAACACUGGGGUUCAGCCAUCCGUCCUCUGUGUAUAGAGAGAAUUCUACCGGAUUGACGAAAACCCGACAAAGAAAUGUGCAAAUAAAAAGUUGGUUUUUUUUUUUUUCCUUUUCGAAAAUAUUAAUAGAGAAAAAGCCCCUCAAAAAAUUUUGAGGUUGGUUGUGAGUAAAACAAGCCCGUCUGGGCCUCCCAAAGACGAGCAAAGAAGUUCGGGGCAUGCACUGCCCAGUCAGCAGCAUCCGUAGCAUCCGUAGCAUCCGUAGCAUCCGCAGCAUCCGUAGCAUCCGCAGCAUCCGUAGCAUCCGCAUCAGCAGCUAAAGAUGUCUCAGCCGACGAAAAAAAAAUGCAUUUGCGAGCUGUGCUCCUGCGGGCGCCAUCGUUGCCCACACAUUCCCACCAAGAUUUACAAACAAUCAGAGAACAAAUGCAUUCUUACAGAGUAUGCAGAUAAUUAUCCUACCUAUCAGUUUUAUCAACCAAGAGAAUCCUUCAAACCCAAGUUAGAAUAUCAGAAAGGAUCUUUGCCAAUGGAGGCCCUCUCCACAGCAAGGAGAGAUUAUGGCCCUCAUAGAGUAUUCCCAGUAAAGGUAAAGCCACCUGACCAGUUCAUUCCAAAUGAAGAGAACAUGGAUUUGGUCACAACAUAUAAACAGGAUUUCAGUGCCUAUCCUUUCUGUCGAGUAGAUCCUAUCAAACCACGUGAAAACAGGCAGCAGUGUAAAGACAAGAUGGAUUCUCUGCCUACAUAUAAAGUUGAUUAUUUGCCCUGGAAUCAACCAAAACGUGAUUUGAUAAAACCAGAACAAUCCUAUCGCCCAACAACAACGAAGUUUGAUUAUAGAACUACUCACCAGGAUGAUUUCCCCAUCAAGGGCUUAGUGAAUACAAUAAGUUGCAAACCCUAUUAUCAGCAGAAAAUAUAUGCCCUACCCCUAGAAGACUUGACCAACUACAAGAUGAAUUAUGUACCACAUCCUCUAGAGAAACGAAUUCCAAUGGAGUCGGCCAAGUACAAGCCCUCGGAUGUCCCCUUUGAUGGUCUCACAACUCAUAAGGAGGCCUUUAGGGGAUUGCUUGGGGAGCCUGCCAAGUCCCUGAAACCCCAUCCCAAGGUUUCCAGUUGUGAAAGCCCUUUUGCCACCACAACUGAGUUUCGGGACAAGUACCAAACAUGGCCAAUACCCCAAAUGUUCUCUCGGGCCCCCAUGGCUUACAACCCUCCAGAUGAGAAGAUGGACUUUAUGACAACAGUGCAGGCUCACUACACUUAUCAUAAAGGGGGCCCUGCCCAAUCCUGCCGUCCAGUGAUACAGUCUAAGAAACCAGGGCUUUUUGAAGGUUCCACCACCAACAGAGAUGACUUCAGGCAGUGGCCCACUACCAAGCAAGAGCCCAUCAAACCCCUUGCUCAGCUAAACUUGCCUAGAGAGCCUAUGGACUGCCUCACUACUACCAAGGCCUACUUUGUGCCUCAUCCACCCAUUUUCACAAGGAGCUGUAAACCUUAUAUUCCUCCUUCCCGGUGUCCGGCCCCUCUGAUAGGUGAAACAACUUACAACAUCAGCUAUACUCCGAAGGAACAAGUGAAGUGCCUUGCUUCAUAUCCUGAGCCACCAGGCUACACUUUUGAUGAAGUGGAUGCAUUUGGCCACAGGAUAUAUCGCCCUAUGGUCCCGUUGGACCCACUUGGUUCAAGGAAGAACAGUUACCUUCCUGCAAAUAGACCAGAUGGUCCCAACCAAAGGGAGCUAGCAGUGACAGCCUGAUUCUUUUUCCUUUUUGAAAAUUUUCUCACAAAAUUUCUAAAAUUCACAGUACUUAUUACAUAGUCUGUUGAGAUUUAUUCCUUGAAAAACUUUGACCUUCUCGAUCAUUCCCAGGGGUUAAUUCCUGCUGGAAAUUAUGAAUAAAUGAGAAUCCGUUUAUUUUAGGGAAAUGACAGUUAAUCACAGAUGAUUAACGAAUUUCCUCUCUUGACUCUUUCCUCCACCAAGUCAACACUUCCCAAAUCCCCAUGCUUCUUUAUAUUUCUUAAAGAUGGACUAGGUUCUCUCAGAAGCUAAUUUCUUACAUUUGAAUCUGUGAUGGUGAUUCAGUUAUUGUAUUAAUAACGAAAUUAGACUUGAAUCCUGAUAAGGUUGAUGAAUAAAACAUAUUUUGGGGAAUUGGCUUUUUAAAAUGAUGUAUCUUUUCACACACAUAUAUUGUACAAUAGUAAAAUAUGGAGGGAAAUCAGUACUCUUUGAAACUUAGAAACUUGUGACUUGGCCUAUGAAGGUCUUGGCUUGAGUUUUAAAUGAGUUCUUGUAGCCAGACAUAUUGGUAGAAGACAGGUCUGAAAGCCAGUCUUCCCACAUCCUGGGACAUUGUUUUUUUUCCAUUAGAUUACAGUUUUACUGCCUUUUUCCUUGCAUGGGUCAUAGGAUCAUAGAUUUAGAGCUGGGGGGACAUCAUUUGGAAACAUGAUAGGCUCUGUCCAAUAGUAGGAAAGCUACCACCUGACUCUGAUAUUCCCACUUUGAAAAGUGGAGGAGAGCUAUGUGAUGUACAACAUGCAGUGGUCUGUCUUGAAGGAGUAGGAAUGACACCUUUAACUUUCUAUUUGGGUUCAGAGAUUACAUAAAGCUAAUUAUUCAACUGUUUUGGCCAAAAAAAAAAAAAAAUCUCGGGAAAGUUAUUCAAGAAAUGAGAGACAAUAUAGAAUAAUAGGGUAUUCUAAUUUGAGACGAGUUCAAAUCCUUGCUCUAAUAUUAAGUAACAAUGGGUCCAGGGGCAGAUCAAUUUACCUCUGCCAGAGUCAAUUCCUUUCCCCAUAAAAUAGGGAUAACAAUACUUGUACUACCUAUCUCAAAGGGUAGAACAACUAAGUUGUUCUAAGACCAGAGUGCUAUAAAAACAUGAGUUUUCAUCAUUUUUAGGUUAUUCAAAUGAAAAGUCUGGGAAUGGAAUGAAAGAGAAUAGAUCAUUACCUGAAGUAAUUUUCUAAUUAGCUUUUUUUAAAUGAGAAGAGGAAAAUACUUGAGGAAAGAAACCAAUAGGGUUCAUUGAUCAAUCCCUUAAGUUUUCAUCAUUUUUAGAUUACACAAAUGAAUAGUCUGGG